AUGGUUGAAACAAACAAAACUGUAGUCAGAUAUUUUAUUUUGUUGGCUUUUGCUGAUUUGCACCAGUUGCAGAAUCUACUUGUCUUUGUGUUUCUACUGACCUACAUUACCUGUAUUAUGGGGAAUGUGGCUAUAAUUGUUAUCAUUAGAACAGAACCUUCUCUUCAUACUGUAAUGUAUUUUUUUAUUAGUGUAUUUUCUUUUUUGGAAAUUAUUGCUGUGACUAUAACUGUCCCAAAACUUUUAGCCUAUCUGAUUGCAGGUAAUGAUAUUAUAUCUUUCAACCAAUGCUUUACUCAAAUGUAUGUCUUCAUCUCCUCGGGUGCAACUGAAUGUUGUCUUCUAGUAGUAAUGGUCUAUGACCGACAUCUGGCUAUUAACAAUCCUUUACGCUACUCUACUAUAAUGACACCUACCUUUUGUAUUAGUUUGGCUAUUUCACCGUGGAUUAUAGGAUUUUCAAUUUCUUUAUUCCCUGUCAUCACCACAGCAUGUUUGGAGUUCUGUGGACCUAAUGUGAUUGACCAAUUCUUCUGUGACUUGGCUCCACUGCAAAACUUGGCAUGUUCUGAUCCCUUCAUUAGCAGCACAGCUACAAUCAUAGUCAGUGCAUUUAGUGUUGAACUUCCUUUUAUUAUAAUUAUAGGGUUAUAUAUCUUUAUAAUAAGGACUGUUUCAAAGAUCAAAAGUAAGGAAGGAAAAUACAAAGCAUUUUCCACAUGUUUAUCUCAUCUCAUAGUAGCCAUCCUAUUUUUUGGAACAGCCACUAUUGUAUAUGGGAAUCCUAAGGGAAGCCGUUAUGACAAAUAUCUUGUCUUUAUAUACACAGUAUUUACACCAACGAGUAACCCUUUUAUAUACACCUUUAGAAACAGGGAUGUUAAGAAGGCUCUCAGGAAUUCACUAAACCAUCUUAUAAAACCAAAUAGAAUGUAA